GUACGCUUCUUGGGCAUUCUCUGCGUGGUGCUCUUUGCCCUGCAAUUGCCCAGCUACUUUGUUUUUCGCUCCUUUCCAGAGGAGGCGCUUGAGAGCUGGAGAAAUCACAGCCAUACCAAGAGGGACCACCCUAUCAGCUGGGACUACAUCACAGCUGGCAACACCGGGCCCCAUGGAAGCGACGCAUGCUGGCCCUGGGUCUGCGCCCUGGUCACGGCUCUGCUAAUGCUCUUUUUGCUGCCGCAAUAUGCCAGGCUGCAGCGCCAGUUGCGUCAGCAGAUCGACAGGCGCCAGGUGGAUCCAGAUGACUUCGCGUUGUUCCUGGAUGGACUGCCCUCCGAUGCCAGGGACGAAGAUGAGAUCAAAGAAUUCAUCGAGAAGCAUGGCCGCCCUGAGCGCACGGAGGUUGUCAUGGUGGUUAUCUCCUACGACAUGGAGGUCUUUCAACAGAUGCUCCAUGAUAUCAAAGAAGCUAAGGAGGAGAUGGCUGAAAGUGGAGAGACACCUGCUUUGGAAGAACGGCUCAAGGAAUUGAGACGACCGUUUAGGUCCUCCGAAGCCUUGAGAGCUGCGCUGCCAUGCACAGGACAGGCGGUGGUGGUCUUGCGUUCGCAAGAAGAGCAUCGAGAAGUGAUCGAGCAAUGGGAUAACUUCUUUGAGUGGCUCAUGAACUUGACGCAAUGUCUGAAGAUCAACAGUCGCACCACACGAUUUCGGAAGAGACACGUGGUGCGCAUCACACGCGCGGCGAACCCUUCGGACAUCUUGUGGGAAAACCUCUCGGCCUCUCACCAGCUUCGCCUGUGGCUGAGAGCGAAGACCUACGGCUUCGUCGCAGUGACUUUGAUUGGAUGUCUUCUCAUUGUGGUGUCCAUCAACUGGAUUUUGGAUCACUUCAUGGGCAACAAGGCGGAGCGCAAGGGGGGCGGCUGGGGCACCUUUUCCAGUCUCUUGGUGGCCUUUGUGGUGAUGAUGAUCCGCAUCAGAGCUUCCCUGACGAUCAGGAGACAAGUGAUGCAGCAGAAACAUAUGACGAAGACUGGUCGAGAUGUUUCACUCUUGGCCAAACUUUCGUUGUUUUACUUGACCUGCUACUGCGUCAUUGCGAUGUUGGUGAACUGGGAAGCCCGUUUCUGGUACACGGCGGGGAACCUCGUCUCAGACAUUGCGUCGCUCAUGACCUUCAACUGCAUCACCAUCCCCCUCUACAUCCUCUUCAGCUGCAAAUUGCUGAUCCGGAAUUUCAUGCGGGACCAGCGCUUGAAUCUGGAAAAGCCGCCAGCGACCCUGACCCAAAGCCAGUUUCAAACCUUCUUCGAGCUCCCGGACAUGGAUCAGACCCGGCCCUUCGCCAAGGUCAUCUUGACCUUCGUCAUGGGAUUUAUCUUCAUGCCUAUUUGGCCAUAUGCCAUCCUGAUCGCAGCUGCGGCGUUGUUCCUGGAGUACUGGGCCUUUAAGUACCAGCUGCUGCGUCAGAGCAAGCGGCCCUAUCGGCAGAGCGUGGAUGUGGCCUAUGCUGCCCUGAGGAUUCUCUACAUGGCCUUAGCAGGUUAUGGCUUCGCUCAGGAGAUCUUAUUGACUCCAUCCUUAUCUGUGGAUCAAGGAGCCUGGUCCUCGAGCAUUUCCCUACCCUUGCUGGUGCUGCCCCUGCUGCUGCUGACCAUGUCCAUGCGGCUGCAGAGGCUACUCUGCGGCGGCUUUCUCUGCAGCGGAAGCGAAAGUACCUCCACUUCGGUGGACUACUAUGCAGCGCAACGCUUCUGGGCAAAGCACCAGAAGUAUCACACCACGAAUCUGGUGUAUUUGCGGGGAUUUGAGAUGAUCGAUGCCGCGGCCAAAAAAUUGAGGUACGACCCACGCACGGGAAAUCUUCCGUCACCGGAGCUUCCAGUGCCUGUUUCGAGUACUUCGGGCCGUUUAGGCGGCCUCACAGAUGCCGUUGAUGUGGAGACAGGUGAGUCACCGGGGCGCGAGGAUUCAGAAGAGCUGGAAGAGGAGCCAGAAGAAACCGAGGCCAUUGCCGAUGAAGACCCGGCGGCUCUGGCCAUGGAAGAGAUCAAGCACAAGGUCCCCUGGCACGACGAGCCGGACAGCGGCGAAGAUGGGGAGUCGAGCGAAGAUGACGAGUCGAGUGGCGAGGAUUCCGGCGAUUCUGAUGGUGAGAUGCCACCCUUGGUGCUCCGUGCUGGCGCACUGGUGCGGAUCAGGGGCUUGCAGAAGGCGGGUGCUGAAGAGUUCAAUGGGCAGACCUGUACCUUGCUGCAGCCUGCAGCUGAUGGGAAGUGGAUCUGCCAGUUGAGGGAUGGCAGGAAGGCUGCAAUGGCUCCUCAGCACUUGCAGUUGAAGGCAAAGAUUGUGAAGCUGCGAUCAAGUCAAGGAAAAGUCUACAACAGCACCAUUUGUACGUUGAUCCGUUUCGACCCCAAAGUGGAGAAGUGGUUGGUGGAACUCUUCACGGGUAUCGAGGCGCACGUCGCGGCUGAGAACUUGCUGGCCCUGACCUCCUAACGGCAUCGGAGACGUCAAGUGUGAAGCAUUUUUUUUGAGUUUGUAUUGUUUA